GCAAAAACUCUCAACUUUGACUUACUACAAGAAUUCAUUAUGACAGAAAGAGAUCGAUUGCAACAACAAAUUUUUAAUAUAAUAGGUAUCCGUGCUGAUAAACCCAAAAGUAUUCCGGCGGCUAAAGAUGAAAACCAAAAAAUUCCUAUGCCUGCUGAUAAAACUAAAAGUGAUGGAAUUUCAAAAUGUACCACAUUUAAUAAUGCGAGAAAAAUUCUUACAAAAAAACUUUGUUGUACUCCUGCGCAUGCUGAUGAAAACGAUAACAUUUACAAAGAUGGAAAUUAUGUUACAGGUAGUACUAUGCCUAAUGAUGAAAACAAUAGAAUUUACAGAGCUACUUGUACUGAAACUUUAAAAUUGACCGAACUUGGAAAGGCGAGAAGAGGUCUUACUGGAGAUGCUAUUAUAAAUGUGCUUACCAAAAAAUUAGCUGAAAUCACCUCGAUUGAUGAAGUUGACAAGAAGUAUCCUGUUUAUAGGAUUUGUACUUUGAUAGCAAUGUGGGUUAGUCUUAAAAUUUCUUCAAACACGUCUGAUUUUGUAAUUCCAUAUGAUAAUGUAUGUAAGGUAAUACUAAAAGGGGGUGUUGUAAAAUACAAAUCACUUGAAGGCGAAUAUUGGCAAGUAAAUGCCGAUACAAAAAAAAAACUAAAUGUACAACUAUGCGAGGAUAUCAGUACUCCGCUUGAGUUAAGUAGCGAAUAA